UCUGUUCGUUAUCCUCUCAUUGUCUUCCUCGUAAGACUUAAAGAGGGAUUUUGUUGAUGGAUUACCGCAGUUUCUACUCUCAUGGUGUCUAUCGAGAAAUCACUCAGAAGACAAUCUUUGAAACGUUGAGUUUGAAUUUCAGAGUGUUUGAAUUUCAAGCUUUCUCGGGAAAAUUUUGAGCUUUUUCUUUCCGUUCUUCGAUUUUUCUCUUCUUAGAUUGGAUUAGACUACUUAGUUAUGGCUUAUGCUCGUGGCUUCGCUUCGUUGACUUUCUCGCCGCCGAUUUCUCUCCGGAGACUCCGUUUUUUCCGUCCCCGACUUCACCGAAACUACAGGGUCAAACCCGAUUCUCGAAUCAGCUGCAAUCUGAAAUUCAACUUCGCUGCUGGGAAAUUUCGCGAGCUUGGAUUAUCCCGUUCCGUGGAGCUAGACCAAUUCAUCACAAGCGAAGAAGAAAACCAAGCAGAUGAAAUUGGCCAAGGGUUUUUCGAGGCAAUUGAGGAAUUGGAGAGGAUGACUAGAGAACCAUCGGACAUUCUAGAGGAGAUGAAUCAUCGAUUGUCUUCUCGAGAAUUGCAGCUCAUGCUCGUCUACUUUGCACAAGAAGGUAGGGACUCGUGGUGCGCUCUCGAAGUGUUUGAGUGGUUGAAGAAGGAAAAUAGGGUUGAUGAAGAGAUGAUGGAGCUAAUGGUUUCGAUAAUGUGCGGAUGGGUUAAGAAGUUGAUACAAGAGGAGUGUGAUGCAGCCCAGGUGUUCGACCUAUUGAUUGAGAUGGAUUGUGUCGGGUUGAAACCUGGUUUCAGUAUGAUGGAGAAAGUGAUUGCUUUGUACUGUGAGAUGGAGAAGAAAGAAAGUGCGGUUUUGUUUGUGAAGGAGGUUUUGAGAAGGAGAGAUACUUCUGGUUACAGUGUUGUUGUUUCUGAAGGUAGAAAAGGAGGACCAACUGGUUAUCUUGCUUGGAAAAUGAUGGUCGAUGGAGACUAUAAGAAGGCAGUUGAUUUGGUUGUUGAGUUAAGAUUUUCAGGGCUAAAGCCAGAAGCUUACAGCUAUCUGAUUGCGAUGACAGCCAUUGUGAAAGAGCUAAACAGCCUUGGGAAAACCUUACGCGAGUUAAAACGGUUUACACGGGCUGGUCUUGUUGCUGAGAUUGAUGAUCACGAUAGGUUACUCAUCGAGAAGUACCAAUCAGAACUCAUAUCUCGGGGACUGGAAUUGGCUGCUUGGGCGGUUCAGGAAGGGCAGCAAAACGAUUCCAUUAUUGGGGCGGUUCACGAGAGACUUCUCGGUAUGUACAUAUGCGCGGGACGUGGACCGGAAGCAGAGAAACAGCUCUGGAAUAUGAAACUUACAGGGAGGGAACCAGAAGCUGACCUCCACGACAUUGUAAUGGCGAUCUGUGCUUCACAAAAAGAGGUCAAUGCGGUCUCGCGGCUUCUGACACGGGUUGAGUUCAUGGAAUCCAAGGGAAAGAAGAAGAGUUUGUCAUGGUUGCUCAGAGGGUACGUGAAAGGAGGACACUUUGAAGAGGCUGCAGAGACAUUGAUAACGAUGAUGGACUCUGGUUUGUAUCCGGAGUAUAUUGAUCGAGUGGCUGUGAUGCAAGGAAUGACAAAGAAGAUUCAACGGCCGAGAGAUGUUGAAGCAUAUAUGGGUCUGUGCAAGAGGCUGUUUGAUGCUGGUUUGGUUGGACCUUGUCUUGUAUAUAUGUACAUGGAUAAAUAUAAGUUGUGGAUAGUGAAGAUGAUGUGAAGGAAGGAUAAAGAAAGAGAUGAGACAGAAGUUCAAAGACUCUAGCUAAGCAGGAGGGAUUGAGAUCUUCUAUUGGGUAUAUAAAUCUGUAUGUAUGUAAUAAUAAUACGUAGAUAUCUGUUUACGAAAGAGAAAGAACCUUUGUAAUAUAUACUAAUAUCAUAUACAUAGAUAAAUAGAUAAUCAUAUAUACUUAUGAAAUUGUCUUU